AUGUUUACCACACUGCCGGAUUUUACACCACGAGAUUCACAUCUUCUGUGGUAUAGAUCUUCUCGCAGCUCCUUCUCCCCGCCGGGACCCCUCGAAGAACUCAACAACGAAUCGCAAAACCCUCAGAAUGCCGGGCACCAGUCGCGCCAGCGCGGCAAGAUUAUUGAGCGCUCGGCUCUCGCGCGUCUCGCCUCGGACGAGCAAUACAUGCAGCGACGACGGUUGAACAUUCAGAAUUAUGGUAGUGGCUGGCUAAAACCACCAGGUGUGCCCAAGACUCUACACCAGAUGCGCGAGGAGAAACGAGAGCAGGAAGAACAUCAAGAGGCAAUGCGACGAGAACAGCUAGCUCAGGAGUUGGCCGAAGCCGAGGCAGAAGGCAUGCCCGAAGACGGCACAAUGGACGAUGUACAACUUGAUGGUGCUCAGGACCUGGAUGACGAAAUUCCCGAUGCUGAUGACGGAUUUGGUUUUGACGAUGAUGAAGAUGAUGAUGAAGACGACGAAGAGGAAGAGGAGGAAGAAGAUGAGGACGACGAUGCGACUGAAGCAGACGAAUCAGCACUCAGGGAAGAGCGACAGAACGAUCUCAUGGCUUCACAAAUAAGGAUGAACGAUGACACGUUCCGAGAGGCUCUCGUCCGAGGCGAGCCAGACGCCGGUGACAUGUACGGCGACGGUGAUGAUCUCGAAGCCGAAGAUAAUGGUCAUCUUCUCGAUGAAGACGAUUUCACCCAGGAGGGUACGGACGACGGGCUCGGCGUGGACAUGGACGCCGACCUCGACGACGACAUCCCCGAGGCCGAGAGCGGUGGUUAUGAGCACACCGACUCCGAGGCCGAGUUGACUAGCAGCGAGGAAGAACCUGACGAGGAAGAGGAGGACGAGGACGAUGAUGACGCUGAUGUUAGCUAUGCACCUCGCUCCACGACCCUUCCGCCUCCACGAUCACCAACAUUCCACGGCCGCUCCAGCAUGUCACAUCCACGCGUCAGCAUGGACCUCAGCAACCUCCUCUCCCAAGACGGCAGCAGCUUUAUGGAGAGUAGUCCAGCUGGACGACGUGCCCGUCAAGGGUAG